GUGUACCAAAUGCAGGCGAUUAUAUUUGGGCGGAUAUAAAAGGGUUUACAUACAGUGAUUGUUAUUUAUAAUUAAUGCACUUCCGAAUUCAUUACGUAAACAGUGAAAUGAACUAAUUACCAUUAUGCAACAAAAUUGGAAGUAACAUAGAAUAAAAGUGCGAUGUAGUGACAUUUCAUACACUAUUCACCUGAAGGCUGUAACACUGUUGGAUAUAAGCUAGUGUUAAGGGAGAUACUGCACUUGUAUAUAAAUCAGUUAAAGUGUGUAUUUCGUUGUUGUUAAAAGGUGUGUCCUAAAAUAGACGAAUCAUGCUGAAAGAAAUACUUUUUUCAUUGAUAUAUAUGACUUGGAGUGCUUGUUCUUUUCUGACGAAAAUAAGAAUAAAGCCGGCUUCUCAGGUGCACGCGGUGAGCUCACAGCACGUGCAACAGUCUGCGGCAUGCCACACCAAAGCCUUUGAUAUCGUGUUUGCCAUUGAUACAUCAAGCAGUAUCUGGAAACCAGACUUUGCUCUCGAACUUAAAUUCAUUAAAGACAUUUCUCAACAGUUUGAUAUUGGGCUCAGGCAUGAUCAGACUAGGAUUGGGGUUGUAUCGUUUGCUGAUCAUUACUAUCUCCAGUUUCAUUUAUGGCAAAACAACCGUCAUGACCUUGUAGAGAGAGCAUUAAACCGCAUUCGUCACAGAGCUGGCAAGAAAACGAACACGGCAUCCGCAAUAAAGUACAUGGUAAAUACAAUGUUUACUCCGAGGUAUGGUAGUAGGAGGAACGCAGUCCACGUAGCGGUAAUUAUUACAGACGGGAAGUCACAAGACCGGAGGAAGACUAUACAAACAGCUGCACUUGCGCGAAAAGCUGGAAUCCACGUGUUUGCAAUUGGUGUUGGCGAUCGUGUUGAUUACAGAGAGCUUGAGGAGACAGCUAGUAGACCAACGGAAGAAUAUGUAUUUGAAGUAGACGAUUUCGAGUCGCUAGAUAACAUGAAAUACAUUCUGUCUAACAAGACUUGCACAGGACCAGCAACAGAUUCACCUCUGGUUGGGCGUCGUAGAGUGUCGGGGUUAGGAUUAAGACCAAAUUUUAAUCUACCAAGACAUGAAAGAAUCCAGUCGCUUACAAGAACUCCCGCUAGAACUAGACUGACUACUACAACACAAUCGAUGAAGGACGUCACUAUACCUAUACCAGAUAUACAGGCAGACAUAGACCCAAGGCUAAAUGUUACAAAUUGUGGAGGUAAACCAGCGGACAUAUAUUUUGCACUUGAUGCUUCAAACAGCAUUUGGCCAGAGGACUUCAAGAAGCAGCUGACCUUUGUUCGAGACCUUAUCACUUUAUUUGACGUCUCACAAACGAAAACGAGAGUUGGUCUUGUCACUUUUAGUGACAGGGUGAAGCCCAUCUUUGACUUAAAUACAUUACAGAUCAAAGAAAAUCUGUUUAAACAAAUGGAAAAUGUGACGUUUAUGAGUGGGAGAACAAAGACAGCUGAUGCUUUAAAGUUUGUGCAUGAGCAGGGGUUCUCUCCUGACGUGGCUCGACCAGAAGUCGCACAUAUCAUGUUUGUGUUCACAGACGGUAUUUCAAAAAGACCACACGAGACUGCAAGAGAAGCUGAGCUAGCGAAGAGAGAUGGAAUUUACAUGUUUUCAAUUGGUAUAGGAAUGAGCGUUGAAAAAACAGAAUUACGGGACAUUGCAAGUGACCCAGACGACGAUUUUGUGUUCCACGUCAGCAACUUUAGUGUACUUGACACAAUUCGAAAUAUCCUUGCAAUAAAAACAUGCGCAAUACAGCCAGAGGAUUUUGUCUCAGAUCAGAAGGAAAUAGAAUGCAAUGUGAAUGUACCAACCGAUCUUAUGUUCGUUUAUGACUCGGCACAGCUCGGCAUCCCCCGUACACGGAAAAUUACGAAGUUUGUAUAUGACGUUACAGCUGCUUUGAACAUGGACAACCAUAAUCUAAAAGUAGGCCGACUUUUAGAGAACUGUCUUUCCGGGGCGGACACAUACCUUUCAUCACAGAAACCUUCUAUGGACUUUGAUGGUAUUGACUUUCCCGAUUUCCGAAGAAUGAUCAGGAAAUUAGCUAGUCAAGGCUUUGCUGAGCCGUACGGUGCUAGGCGUUACGCCAAAAAAGUUGCUGUUUUGUUUCUCGAUGAUAAUAUGGAAAAUCUGAAGCAAGCUUCAGAAGAAAUAGCUCGCCUUCAUGAGACACACACUAUGGUGAUCACUAUCGGUGACUCGGACAUGUAUACGGCCAUGUCGUUUUCGUCACGACCGGCAAAUGACUACAUCGUACACGUACCGUCUUACAAAUAUUUGCAUACAGCAAAAUCUACACUUUUGCAGAAACUGUGUAAGGUAUUUGUAAAGGAAAAACAUUAAAUAGAUGCACACUUAGCAUAUGAAUAUAAAUUUUCAUGUUCCUAGCUAAAAUGUGACAUUCUGUUUAUAACUGUGAUAAUUAUGAUACAUUGUAUAUAGGGCAGUACAUGUACAUAAAAUUAUAAAAAAGUGGACAUUCUUUUAAAUAUGUGGGUGAAAUGAUAAUAUAUGAUAUGAAGAGAAGUAUGCGGAUUUUUAGCUCGACUAUUCAUAGAAUAGUGAGCUAUUGCACUCGCCCAUGCGUCGGCGUCGGCGUCGGCGUCGGCGUCGGCGUCUGCGUCCGCGUCCGCGUCCCGAUUUUGGUUAAGGUUUUGUAUGUAAGCUGGUAUCUCAGUAACCACUUGUGGGAAUGGAUUGAAACUUCACACACUUAUUCACUGUGACAAACUGACUUACAUUGCACAGGUUCCAUAACUCUAUUUUGCUUUUUUACAAAAUUAUGCCCCUUUUUCGACUUAGAAAUUUUUGGUUAAGGUUUUGUAUGUAAGCUGGUAACUCAGUAACCACUUAUGGGAAUGGAUUGAAACUUCACACACUUAUUCACUGUGAUGAACUGAUCUACAUUGCACAGGUUCCAUAACUCUAUUUUGCUUUUUUACAAAAUUAUGCCCCUUUUUCGACUUAAAAAUUUUUGGUUAAGGUUUUGUAUGUAAGCUGGUAUCUCAGUACUUACUAAUGGGAAUGGAUUGAAACUUCACAUACUUGUUCACUAUCAUGAUCUGACAUGCACUAAGCAAGUCCCAUAACUCUACUCUCUUUUUUUUUUCAAAAUUAUGCCCUUUUUCGACUUAGCAGUUUUUGGUUAAAUUUUUGUAUGUAAUCUGAUAUCUCAGUAUCCACUAAUUAGAAUGGAUUGAAACUUCACACACUUGUUCACUGUCAUGAUCUAACAUGCACUGUGAAGGUCCCAUAACUCUACUUGGCAUUUUUACAAAAUUAUGCCCCUUUGACUUAGCAGUUUUUUGUUAAGUUUUUGUAUGUAAGCUGGUAUCUCAGUAUCCACAAAUUGGAAAGGAUUGAAACUUCACACACUUGUUCACUGUCAUGAUAUGACAUGCAGUACAGAGGUUCAAUACCUCUACUUUGCAUUUUACAAAAUUAUGCCCCUUUUUCAACUUUUGUAUUCAUUCAAUUGACAAGGCUGUUGAAUAGUCGAGCGUUGCUGUCCUCCGACAGCUCUUGUUUUUUAUAUUUCGCAGUUGCAUGGCAACUGUAUGCGCAGUAUUGCAUUGUACAUCUUUAAUUUGUAUUUAUAUUGUAUGUCUUAAAGUUUGUUUUAUGAAUUGGUGAUAUAUCUUUUACAAUUGACUCACUUUGUUUCUUAAUCAUGGAUAGACAUCGACUUCGAUAAACAUGAAUAUACUGCUUUUUUGCCUUACAGGGAAGGCACAAUCGGUGUGGAAUAAAUAUACAAGUGAAAUGUCUAAAAUGAAACAAAAAUGCCAAGCUAAUUAUCGUGACCACCGCUGUUUCUUGCGAAAGAAUGCAGCAAAAUUUGAAAUUAGAACAACAAAUCUUUGCAAGAAAAGCUGUCGGGUCUCGAAAGUCUACGAACGUACAUAAAACAUAUUGCAUUGCUUUGAUAUUUUCAUAGAUUGAGUUGCUUGCGAAACAUUAUAGUAUUUGGUAAUUAAAUGGUAAAAUUGGUUACAUAUUAAAUAAAUUCAAGAUAUUUAUAGGUUGUUUAUAAUUACGAAAUUUGUAUCGAGAAAUAUAGAACAAGUUCUAUUUACACAUAAUAAAACGAUUAUUAGUUUUGCAACCGGAAAAAAAUCUGCAAAAUGAUGUUGCAUACCUAAAGUCGCGUUUCCACUGCAGAACUCGUUCAUACGGGUCUAAUAACCUACAACUAUCGUCACGUCGAGGUAAUAUCACCGCUGAGUCUAACAAACGUUUUUAUUAAUUUUGUUGUUAAUGGAAGCAUAGAAUGCAUUCAAGAAAAAUAAUGGUAAAUCAGCUGGAUUGAGUUCUUGCGUGAUAAUGAAAUCUACUUCUAGAAUGUUUCAGUACAUGCAUGUAAAUAUAAUGUAAGUAUCGCAUUGUUUCGACACUGUGGCAAUGUAAAACGUAUAGGUAGGCUGUAUUUUCAGAAUAUUAUUUCCCAUGAAAAACAGUAUUAUACAUAUUCUAUUAAAUCGAAAACUAAAGACGACUUGUUGAAAGUUUUAUCAGUUAACAUGGCACCUACUAAAUUUUGUUUUCAUAACUGAACAAAAAAUAUAAAAUAAUAACACAGCUCAAAACAUAUACCAGCCCAUAAAGAAAUGUUUAUUUUUACCACAAACCCUCUGUGAUAUUUUAGAGAUAUGAUAUUUUGGGAGCAUUGCUGGCAGUUAAACCUAUGUCAACUCAUUUCAUGAUUAUAUAACCACACUAUAGGAGCUUUUCCUUAAAUAUGACAUCAUAUUUCUGAGGUAUAAAAUGAGAUAUACGUAUUAGAUACAAAAUAAUGGAUAUAUUUGAGGAAGCUUGUAUGUGAUCUGUUAGAUAACCUAAAACGUUUAUUACUAACAUUUAGCCUGUCUAAUGCUAUGCGUCCUAUGGUCACCGAGAGAAAUAAUCUAGGAGUAGCACUGGUUUCAAUGUAAUGUCCAGUAUUAUUCCAAGAAGAUAUAUCUAUAAUACUCAUAGAAAACUGGGAAUAUAUAUGAAUACAGUGCUGAAUGUUCUGAUCGUUUUUGUACAGUAUACCAGUGUUUAUAUGCAUUUAUCCAUGGCUUUAUUUUGUUGUUAUAUUUAUGAUAUUGUAAUUAAAGUUUAUUAAAUAAAUAAAAUUGAAAA